CCACUCGCCUCCCCUCCCCUCCCUCCCCUCCUCCACCUACAAACAACGACAUCACACCCUCACCUCCCUCCCCCUCUCCCUCACUCCGUCUCUUUCCCUUGCCUCUUCUCAAUCAAAUUUCUUCCCUAUCGAAGCACCACUCUUUCCCUUCUUUUAAAGCCAGCUUUCCACGACUAUCCCUUCCCCCUAGAUCUACCCCCAACUAACCAUUCCCCUCCCCUUUCCUCUCCCAAACGAUAAUUGGAGAAUUCCCGUUAGACAGAAACUUAGCCCCAAAGAAAAAGAAAGGGGAAACAAUGUCUUCCGUUCGUUCAGAUCCGAUCCAUAGGAUCCACCCGGAGCCAAUCGAUCACUUCGACCGUCUUCCGGACUCUCUUCUCCUUCUAGUCUUCAACAAGAUCGGCGACGUUAAAGCUCUCGGCCCAUGCUGCGUUGUCUCGCGCCGUUUCCACUCCCUCGUCCCGCAAGUCGAAAACGUCGUCGUACGUGUGGAUUGCGUCAUCUCCGACGACGAUUGUUCCCCCUCUUCCUCCUCCUCCGACAAAUCCCGUGCUGCCGGUCCCUUUUCCACCCUCUUCCGUUUCUUUUUCGGAGCAUUGUCAAGCCCUCAAGCUUUGGGCCAAUUCCUCGGCCCAAAACGGCCCACCCUCAACGAAACUCUUAACACCCCUUCAUCUUCUUCCUUAUCCGUCGGUCCCGGUGGUGAUGACGAUGGGGAAAUGGACCAAGGUGGGGUCACCCAUCAUUCCCCGACGCAAGUACUUAGAAAUUUCAACGAGAUUCGUUUUCUCCGAAUCGAAUUGCCCAGCGGUGAGCUAGGGAUUGAUGACGGAGUUCUGUUGAAAUGGAGAGCCGAUUUCGGAUCAACUCUUGAUAACUGCGUCAUCCUUGGAGCUGCCUCCGUUAUUAACAACGUGCAUUUGCAAGUGUCAGAGUAUGGGAACGAUGGGUUUUGCAUCAACAAUAACAUUACCAGCAGUUCAAAUGUUGGCAACAUCGAUGAUAAUGGGAGUAUUCCUGAGUCGUUUUAUACUAACGGAGGCUUGAAAUUAAGGGUUGUUUGGACGAUUAGCUCGUUAAUCGCAGCGUCAGCAAGGCACUAUUUGCUUCAACCGAUAAUUGCGGAUCAUAAGACGCUGGAUAGCUUGGUUUUAACCGAUGCGGAUGGACAAGGGGUGCUUUGUAUGAAUAGGGAUCAGCUUGAGGAGUUGAGAGUGAAGCCAUUAUCAGCUUCUUCUGCUUCAAAAAGGACGCUGGUGCCUGCGUUGAACAUGAGGCUGUGGUAUGCUCCAUAUUUGGAAUUGCCUGAUGGGGUUGUUUUGAAAGGUGCUACUUUGGUUGCUAUUAGGCCUAGUGAACAAUCUGCUUCGAAAAAAGAGGUCUCAGAUGCCUCUUGGUUAUCAACUGCUUUUGAAGAGCCGUAUGGGACUGCAGCUAAGAUGCUAGUUAAGAGAAGGACUUAUUGUUUGGAGAUGAACUCGUUUUGAUGGCCGCUUACUGAUCUGUGAAGGGAAAGCUGUCAAACACAAUGGUCAAAGGGAAGAGGGGAUAGCAUGCUCUUGGAAAGCUGAUGGUCAGACAACAAUUUUGUUAUGUGUUGGAGCUUAAUCUCAGGGCAGUGUCCUAUAAAAGCCAAACUCUGCUUUGGACCGCCGUUGAAAGCAGUCCAUGCAUGUUGAUAAUGCACUGCAAGAGUUUUGGCUUCUGUGCUUCAACUGAUAGCCGAAAAUGCAUCUGCUGGUUUUUUUUUAUUUCAGGCAUAUGCUUGUAAGAGUGCACAUUUGCAUCUAGAUUGAUGUUGUAAGAGCUUUGAGUUUGUAGUCUUUUACUUUUUAUUUACAAUCCCUCUAUAUGUGAAUAUUGUAGGUAUGAAGAUGUCAAGCUUAUGUUCUAUACUUAUGAAGUCCAUCAAGAAAUGUAGUUUGCACUUAGCUUUUAAUAUGUCUUGAUAAAUUUGUUAUACUCUUAUCAAAGUUUCAUGGAUAUUUUAUAGUCUCA